AUGAGCACCCCCGGCGUAGCGGACACCGUGGGCACGUCGACGACGCCGACAGACCUGACGCUGCGCGCGAGCGCACAGCAUAACGGGCUACAGUGGGACGCGGGGCGGCGGCGGGGCGACCCGCUCGCGCCGCUCGUUGCGGUCGAAGAGCAGUUUGCGGGGCUGAUGAGCGGGGAGGGGAGGCGCGAGCGGGGGAGUCUGAGGGUACAGACGCGGUGUCGCAGCCUCGACGAACUCGACUCGGUCAUAGCCCACAUCAACGCGGCGCGCAUCGCCGACCUGACCAUCUCGAUCCUCCCCACCAGCUCCUCGCAGGCCGUCGACAAGCGGUACCUCUCGCGUCUCUGCGCAAGGCUGGCAGUCCCCUAUCUUCAACGGCUGACCAUCACGACGCCAGUGGAGCGGGACAACGUGUCCGCGCUGUCGUCGUUCCUGCGCCGGUCGAAAGGGCUGCACAGCGUCGUGUUGGAGGGCUUGCGGCUAGUCCAGGACGACAUUGGCGCGCUGCUCGCCGCCGCAGAGGGAAGCGACACGCUGUCGCAUAUCUGCGUCGCGCGCUCAGUAUGUCUCUCGAACGGAGCGUGCGGGUGCGCGUGCGCGGCGGCGCCGGCACUGGCGGCACAUGGGGAGCACGUACGCCGCGCCCAAGCGACCGUACGGGCCGCUAUCGUGCCCACGCGCAUACUCCUGCGCGCGAGGCCAAGCGACGAGGUGGACCCAGAAGCGUUUCCGCUGCUCGAGAUGCCCGGCGAGCUCGUCGCGCUGGUCGUCAAGCACUGUUCUGCCGACGUUGGCGCGCUCACCGCCGCGCAGUGGCUCAAGCUGUUCACGCACGCGCAGGAUCCCGAGUCGCUCGGCCUCGUCGCGAACGGGGUGCGCGCGGCGCUUAUCGACGGGCGCAGCGUGGAUGAGGCGCGAGCUCAGUGGCUCGUCAACGGCGGGUUUUGGUGACGACGACGACAAUUGCAUGUGAGAGCAUAAUGACACAGUCUACGAUGCUACGCCCUACGACACCCGGCGCAGGUCGCUCCGCGCCGAGGGUGGAAUAGCGCGGUCCCAGAAGAAUCCCCCCUCAGCAAGCCACUCGGCAAUGACCUCGCUCGUGCGCGCGCCGCCAAACGCCGUGCCGACGCGGCGCAGCCCCUGCCGAUCGGCAGCGAGCGCGAACACGCGCUCCCACUGGUCGGGCGCGAGGGCGCCUGGGUCGCCGGUGGCGAAGCGCACGAUGCGCACCACGACGUCGCGGGGCAGCCGGAGGACAGGGAACGGCGGCCCGGCGGGCUUGGCUGGGCGAACACGCGUGCCCCACAUCGACGCCAUGGCUUUCACUACGCCGCGGCGGUCGUCUCUGGCGUGGAAGAGCACGCAGGCGAGCACGAGGGCGCGGAUCGCUGCCCGGCCGGCGCGGACACGCAGGCGCUCGUUCCGCCGCAGUGCGGCCCCGAGGCGCUUGCUCUCGUCGAGCAUGGCGCCGAGACCCCACCCGCUGCGGCAGUAACACCGGGCCCGUUGCGGCCGGCAGCCAGCAACGCACAGCUCGGACAGGCUGGCAUUGUGCCGCUCGACCGUGUCCGCGAGCACCUGGACCUCGCCUGCCGUCAACGGGCCCGGGUCGAGCGCCAGCCGCUCCAGCCCGCGCGAGGAGGAGAGACGGAGGAACGCGGCGAGGAAGGUGAAUGUGUCGGCGCUGGCUGGGCCCGACGAGGACAGGGACAGGCUGCGCAGCCGCGACAGGUAGAGCGUGUUGAAGAGCUCGGGUUCCGGCGCGGGGUGGGACGCGGACGACGAUGUGAU